GGAAGACAGAGACCCACAGAGACAGAGACACAUUGUUAUGCGGGAGCGUGGAUCCGAACUGCGGUGGGACCGCAGGAGCAGAUGAGCGGGGGCGAGCUGUGCCCACGAGGCGAUAGGGGCACGGGGCGGAGGGCUGACGGUGCCCGAGCAGGUCCUGCGUCCGCGCGACCGUCCAAGCAGGGUUGCGGGUGCCGCGCACUGUUCGGUUGGCCAGCUCGACUCUAGGGUCCUGCUACCAGGAGGUCCCCAAGAUGAAGGGGGCCUGGGGCAGGGAAGGAUGGAGCUGAGACGCGGGUUCUCGGUUUGGCGCCUCUGUCUGCUUUGUCCCUACAGCCUUCGUGAAGCAUAGGUCUCAACUGUGAUUCAAACCCGUUGAGGACCAGAAGACAAAAUGUCAUCCCAGUUUUUGGAGACAUCGACGAGUGCUAGAGAUACAAUAAAAGAUGAUGCAAUCAGAAAGGAACGACCCUACAAGAUCUUCUUCAAAGAUCUCUUCCUUUUCAAAGAAAAUGAGGUGGCCGCGAAGAAAAAGGAAAGACUCAUGAGCCGCAACAUGAAAAUCCACCAGAAGACGACGUUUUCAUCUCGCAUGAAGAGCCGCUCGCACCUCAGCCAGCUGACGUUCUACACGGAAGCAGGCGGCAGCUCCUACGAAGACCUGGGGCUAGACCCCACUCUUAUUCUCAGACUGACAGAAGGCUCGGACAGAAAGAGGACUGUGCACGAGUUUAUUAACGACCAGAGAGACAGAUUCCUACUGGAGUACGCAGUCUCAACCAAGAAAAACACAAUUCAAAGGUUUGAAAAGCUCAUAACCAUGAAGGAAAACCAACUCAGGAAAGCCGAGAAAAAGCUCCAAGCUGACGCCAUAGCCUUUGAAGAGUUCCUCCGUGAAAAUGACCAGAGAUCUGUAGACGCUCUUAAAAUGGCAGCACAAGAAACAAUAAACAAACUCCAGAUGACAACAGAGCUUAAGAAGGCAAGCUUGGAAGUCCAGGGAAUAAAGAGUGAAAUAGCGAAAACCGAAUUCCUCCUCAAGGAGUACAUGAAGUAUGGAUUCUUCCUGCUGAAGCUGUCCCCGAAACAUUGGCAAGCACAGCAAUUGCAGAAGAGAGCUCAGGCAUCGAAGAGUAACCCCAUUCUCCCAAGAAUCUUGGAAAAAUUCUCGUUAAGUUCAAGUAAAAGAGACAGUGCCGAGUCGGACAGGUUGUCCCUUUCCGAUGAGCAUGGUACAAGAAGAACGAACCAAGGACGGGAACAGAGGAAAUCUACUUUUGGCACAGACUCGAAGAAAUCCUCCUUACGUCGGGCUGAAAGCAUUAGCUCGGAGGACAGUCUGGAGUUCUUUUUAGAGGAUGAGCCACUGGAGUAUGAUCUGAUACCGGAGAUCUACUUCAAGGAGCCAGAAGAGUUGCUCCAGGUCCUCACCGAGCUGGAGGAACAGAAUCUCAACUUGGUCCAGUAUUCCCAGGAUGUGGAUGAGAAUCUCGAAGAUGUCAACAAAAGAGAGAGGUUUAUACAGGAUAAGAUAAACACCAACAUUGAGUUACUGCUGGAGCACAAGCAGGUGCUUAAGACCAAUUGUGAGCGAGAAGAGGAAAAGGCAGCGGAACUGGAGCUGAGGUCCAGGCUCUUCAGUUUUGGAGAAUUCAAUUCGGAUGCCCAGAAGCGUGCAAUCCUGGGGCAGGAACGUACAUGGAAAACGAUUUACUUUGCCGAGAAGUUUAUUGAGUCCCUCUUGGCGAAUAUCAGCCAGCCAGUGGAGAUAAAGAAUGCUAUCUUUCCUCUCCCGAGUUACGUUAUCUACCAGCUCAAGAGACUGCAACUUCAAGUAAAAGAGCGCAGUGGUGAGGAAAGGCUGAUAGACUCACUUAGUAAGAAGAUUAAUCAAGUCUACAGAGUCUGCAUCGGAGAUGCUGAGGUUGGCAGCCUGAAUGCGGUUCAAAAGCUGGUCAAAGUCGAGUCUCGCCUGGUGGAGCUGAGUGACCUCAUUGAAUCUAUUCCCAAAGAAAAUGUAGAAGCCAUUGAAAGGAUCAAACAGAAGGAGAGACGGCAAAAGCUGCGUGAAGAGAAGAUGAGAGAAAAGCAAAGACACCAGGAGGAGCGGCUAAGAGCUGCUCUGGAGAGAGCAGUAGCACAGCCCAAGAAGAAGCUGGGAAGACGACUGGUCUACCGUUCGAAACCUCGAUCUGCUACCAAACAGUUACUUUUAGUCAGCGAUACAAGAACAAAAACACAGGAGGAAGAGUAUUUUUUUAGUUGAACAGGAGCAUGAAGACAAUUAAUUAGCAAAUGUUUUAUACGAUGUUGGCGUUCAGUGAUGCAAUGCUGAAGUUUACAGGAGUGGGCACGGCAACUGUGUUCUUCUGCCAAACCACUACUCACUGCCAUCAUCCACGAGCUAAGAAAUACUGCGUUUUAGGUUGUCCCCUUUGGAGACACAUCCUAAAGGCCUUAACUGAUAGAACUACAGGAAGCAUGAUUUAUAGCAGACUGGCCUCCCUCAAAGCAUGAGCAUGAGAAUUUUAGUUGUAUUUUCUAAAGCAAUAAGGAAGUUCAUAGCUACGAAUGUACAUUUUAACAAUGUGCUAUUCUGAAAACAACUGGACAGGUUUAAAACGUCCAAACUACAGACUAUGGUCUCAGAUCAUGAGACUGGUCAUUUCACAGUAAGCUCUGAAAAACCUUAUUGGAAAACUUUAUUAAGUGAACAAACCACACACCUUUAGCUUAAAUGUCAGUUUGUAUUAUGCUCUAUCUCCAUAAUUAUUUCAAUUUUCAUGUUUUGACUUAGCUACAAUAUGUACAUUAGUCUAUAUUGAUUAUAAAUUUAUUAAUACAAUAAAUAUAAAUACUAAGGAAAUGUUUAACUUUAAGCAUGUUAAAGUGGUUUGAAAACCUUAAACGACAUAGCUGCUAAGUCUCAGUUAAUACAGUUACCAUGGCUGAAACUCACCUUCAGAAAAGUUCUAAAACACAAACUUAUUUAUCCUUUAUAGAAAACAAUGCAAUCAGCGGGCUUAUCAAAAGUCACCCUGAAUAAAACUGGGGCUCUUAAAGCGUUAGUUCUGAUUAUCCACUGCUUCAACACCUGCGCUUUGCAUACGGAUAUCUGCAUAAAAAUAGUACACACGUCAAGUUGAAAAAACCCAAAUCUUUAUUGUAUAGAAAUACAUAUAUAUAUAAAAAAAAACCCUCAAAGAUGCUAUUCUCUCAUUUCCCCAUCUUCCUCCUCCUCUUCAACGCCUCGGAUAUAAAGGACAUUAUUACACCUGUAAACAACAAAACAAAGGUCCUUUUUUGAUGAUCCACUCAAACCACGCACAAUCAUCAGUGCUCCGUUUUCAGAUUGGAUACUAAAGAGCUCGUCACCCUCUGCUGGUGCCACACAGACAUGUUUAAGAGCACACGGCACAUGGCUACCACUGUCAUCACAAUCACACCUACAACUUAUCAGAAUAGAGGUGGAUGCUCAUAUUAGAAAAUGAAUACAACAGAAAUCCUCAGCAGCUAGACUCAACUUCAAAUCCAAGUUCUGUAACCCAGGACACAAACAGGCUACAGCUAAGGACUGGGAAAUGUAAUCAACAGUAGGAAAACCUUGAGGAUGAACUGAAAUCUCCCAACAAAUUUAGUAAUUUCAAAGGCUUCCAAAAUCUAGAUGCAGAAUACUGCUAAAUCUUUUGGCUUUUUUUCUUUUAAAGUAAUCCCCAAACUAUAAGACUAAUUAUUUAAGCAGAUUGUUUGAGCCUCACCAGUAACUCCUCACACACAAACACACUCAUUACCUUAUUAGAACUUCACCCAGAUGUCCAGACAACGCACCAUCAAUGUAUUCUUCUGUAUUUGCAAGCUUUAGAUAGAAAGAAAGAUAUUAGUAUAACUGCACAAGAAGAGAACAGUGUAGCAUACCUGCCGGUGAGAGCACAGUAAAUGAGACGAGACUACACCAACUCGGACUGCAUCGUAAUUAGUAAGUAGAAAAUUAGCUCUCUAUUACUCUUGUAUCUCUGGAUCUCCUGUAUUAAGACAUGCAUGGUACAAAACUAUAAUAAAGCUUGUUUCAAAGCUG